AUGUCGAAUGAAACAGUCAUUUAUGCAAUUUCUUUAUCUUCCAGUUUAGCGGAAGCCCUGGAUGAAGCCAAGGAGCGCCUCCGCGUACAAGCAGGACACACCGCCCAGUAUGCCAGUGCUCUGGCAGAAGGCUUCCAGCGCAUAGCCGAGCAGUUCGAGAUGUCCGAUUUAUCGAACGAGGAAUUAGAGGAAGAGAUUGACAAGAUGAGUCAAGAAGCAAGGGAGGAGAUCGAUAGACAUAUCAAAGAAACCACCGAAUAUCUGAAGGCGUUCAUGAGGAACAUCUCUAGGAGAGAAAUGGGAGAAGCAAGAAGGAGGCUGUUGAUGGAUUGUGCCAAAGAGGCUUUUCAUGCCGCGGGGAAAGCUAUCGACUGCUUCCGCUUGAUCUGUGAGGAGAUUCAACAGAGAUUAUUGGGUGUGGUAGAAGAAUCACAAUGGGUGGCUCAGGCAACUAGAUGGUCGAGAGAGCGCGCGCUUUCUCAUAUGCGGCAGAUCUUCCGGGAGGAUAUUCACUCGAGAUAUGGUUUGUGA